AUGCAGUGCCAACUAUGGAUGGGCAGUUUGGAGCCCAAUAUGACUGAAAGUUUUAUAAUGGCAGCCUUUCAUCGUAUGGGACAAAGACCACUGGCUGUAAAAGUGAUGAGGAAUAAGUUUACUGGUGAACCUGCUGGUUAUGCAUUUGUCCACUUUCAGACAGAUGAAGAAGCGAUUGACGCAAUGCACAAACUUAAUGGAAAACCAAUACCGGGCACAUUUCCCGUGGUAAGAUUUAGGCUUAACACAGCCUCAAGGGAGGCGCGAGCUAACAUGCAGCAAGAAAGAGAAUUUUCUGUAUGGGUUGGCGAUUUAAGUCCUGAAGUGGAUGACUACUCACUGUACAGAGUAUUUGCAUCUAAGUACUCAUCUAUUAAAACUGCUAAAGUAAUUUUGGACAGCUCAGGAUAUACAAAAGGCUAUGGUUUUGUCCGCUUUGGCAAUGAAGAAGAGCAACGUAACGCCUUGUAUGCUAUGAAUGGUUAUACAGGCCUUGGUUCCAAGCCUCUAAAAAUAUGUACAGCUGUGCCAAAGCCUAAAGGUGCUACUACAACUCAGAGCACAACCACUCCUACAACAGCCAAUGCAACAUAUAGCAGCGGGACGGAUUAUAACCAAUAUUAUGAUCCAUCGGCAUAUUGGCAAAAUUAUUCAGCAUGGUCAGGGUACUAUGGUCAAGGGGAUCAGAAUGCUGCUGUAGUUCCUGCCACAGUCGUGCCAGAUACUGCACAAGUCGCUGCUGUAAAGGCUCAAAAUGAUGACUUAGCACUUGUUGAACACAAGAAAAUCAUAGACAUUGAUUUAAUGAAUCAAGAAUUUUUAGAACCAGAGUUAUCUUUGUGGGACGGUCUAGAAGCAUCACAGUGGUUCCCAAAUGAAAUGAUUGAAGCACAUUAA